GUCAUAUUUGACUUUUACAACAACUUGAAGGGUAUUUUGUAUAUUCUUCAAAAGAACCAAAAGAAAAAAAUUAAAAAUUCUUACCCAGCGGGAUUCCAGCAAGAAAUAGAUAUUUGCUUGGAUAUCCCAAGGUAGGAAACAAGAACCCCGAGGAGAAUAAAUAAACCCACAAGGAAUACAUUUAAAGAAUAUCGACAGUCAUCCAAAGACGAAAUGAGGGAUCCACCUAAAACACUGGGUAUUACCAUCAAUACUCCGGGUAGUGGAGCAAAUUCUGGAGCUCCCUCUACUACGGGAAGACAGAAUAGCCUGGAGGACAUUAACUUGGACUCGUUUCUAAAAACCUCCAACUAUGAAGAUACGGUGAAACAAUUGGAUAUUUAUUACGGAAUUGUCAAACGCCAAUUACUGCACUUCCAAAGUCCCAUAACUGGUCUUUUUCCGGUCAUGAGCAUAGACCAAGAAGUAGGCAGUGUUCGAGACAGUGUUUAUUGUGCAUCAGCUGUUUGGAGUCUGUAUCAGGCAUAUCGGCGCAUAGAUGAUGAUCGCGGCAAAUCCUAUGAACUUGGACAAUCAACAGUUAAAUGUAUGCGUGGUAUCCUAGAGUGUUGGAUCAAGCAAGCAUCACGUGUUGAGCUAUUCAAACAGCGACAAUCAAAUCAACAUGCCUUGCACAGCAAAUUUCAUUUGCACACAGGCGAGAUAAUAUACUCCGAUGAUCUCUAUAAUCAUUUGCAAAUCGAUGUGGUGUCGUUGUAUAUAAUAUUUUUGGUGCAAAUGAUAACAUCGGGAUUGCAGAUAAUAUAUACGCAGGAUGAAGUAGCCUUUAUACAAAAUUUGGUCUACUAUGUGGAACGUGCCUAUCGUACUCCUGACUUUGGUAUGUGGGAAAGAGGUUCAAAAUAUAAUAAUGGCACACCUGAAAUUCAUGCCUCGUCCAUAGGUAUGGCCAAAUCUGCUUUGGAAGCCAUUAAUGGUUGUAACUUGUUUGGCGAAAAGGGUGCUUCCUGGAGUGUUGUAUAUGUAGAUAUUGAUGCUCACAAUCGUAAUCGCAGCAUUUUUGAGACCAUGCUGCCCAGAGAGUCAAGCAGCAAGGGUGUUGAUGCCUCCCUUCUGCUAACGCUCUCUUUCCCCGCAUUCGCUUCACACGAAGAAACCUUGGUGGAGCAAACCAAGCAAAAUGUUAUUAAUCGCUUGCGCUGCAGAAAGGGCUUCAAGCGUUUCAGUCGUGAUGGUUAUCUAAGCAAAAUUGAAGAUAAAACCCGGAGAUAUUAUCAUACUGGUGAAAUUAAGGAAUUCGAGGGCUAUGAAUGCGAAUGGCCUUUGUUCUUUAUCUCCAUGAUUAUCGAUGGAGUUUUCAAAAAUAAUCACGAACAAAUAGAAGAAUACCAAAAUGAGCUAAGACGUUGUCUGUAUAGCGAUGCACAUGGUGAUCCUGUGGUUACAAUGUAUUAUGCACCAGAUGGUGAAGGUUCCUACUUGAAGGCCCCCUCGCAAUCUCUGUUCCUAUGGGGUCAAUCUAUGUUCAUUAUUGCCCAACUGUUGACGGGUGGUCUAUUGCAUAUAAAUGAAUUGGAUCCCAUACGACGCUACUUGCCAAGCUACAAUAGGCCAAGAAGAGCUGGCCGCUAUUCGGCUUUUCAGGGAAAAGCUUUUGAUGAAAAGCACAACGCUAAACCUGGCACUAAAUGUACAGUUCCUUUCAUACAGGAUAAUAAAGAGGGUACUGCCACGGAUUUGGUGGUACAAAUUGUGCUGAUCGCUGAAUCAAUGCGUCUGCAAGCUAUGAUGGCAACCUAUGGCAUUCAGACACAAACUCCACAUGAGGUGGAACCCGUGCAAAUUUGGUCAUCAACCGAGCUCAUCAAAGUCUAUCAGCAUUUGGGUGUCAACAACAAAGUGGGCCUAUCUGGACGUCCACCUCGCCCUGUUGGUUCCUUGGGCACUAGCAAAGUUUAUCGUGUGUGCGGCAUGACUGUGCUUUGUUAUCCCUUAAUCUUCGAAGUAUCUGAUUUCUAUUUGUAUCGAGAUAUGGCCCUGCUCAUAGAUGAUAUAAAAACUGAACUACAAUUUGUAGGCAAAUAUUGGCGUUUGUCUGGUAGGCCUACGGUGUGUUUACUGAUACGCGAGGAACAUAUGAGAGAUCCUCAGUUUAAGGAAAUGUUGGAUUUAUUGGCCAUGCUGAAGAAGGGCUAUUGUGAUGGAAUGAAGGUACGCAUUGGUAGAUUACAAAAUUUGAUAAGCAGUUCUUGCAUGGAACAUUUGGAUUUUAUGAAUCAAAGCGAUUUGUCGGAUAAGGAAAAUGCGUUUGCUCAAAUCAAUCAUGAGUAUAUAGGUUAUCAAUCACUAACAGAUGUUCCCAAGGCCCUAACAUAUAGCGAAGAAAAGAUUUCGGUGGAUCACUAUCAACACAAGCCCACUCAUGAAAUAAUCGAGGCCUUGCGCAGAACUGAAUCCAUCUAUUGUCUUUGCCAAUUAUGGGGUAUUAUUCUCAAUCGAGAGGGUCCUGGAUUCGAGGUGAAUGGCUUGUCAGUAACGCAGGCUUUGCAGCAACUUUACCAUCGUGCUGGUUCUUUGCGCUAUUGGCGUGCUGUGCGUUAUUGCUCUUCGCUUUUGCAUCAUAUAGUAGACUCUAUAAGUCCCUUUAUCACUACGGUAUUGGUCAAUGGCAAAGAGUUGACUGUAGGUGUUAUAGGGCAAAAGGAAACUGUGUUCGAUAAACCCAUGACACCGGCUGAAAUCAAAGAUGUUAUGUAUAAAUCUGUACAGCCCUAUAAUGUGGUACAAGCUGUAUUGCAACAGGAAGUUGUCUUGUAUUGUGGACGUUUAAUAGCAACCAAUCCAUCAAUGUUUCGUGGUAUUUUGAAGAUCCGUAUUGGCUGGGUCCUGGAAGCUAUGCGUAUUUAUUUACAAAUAUCUGGACAAGAGUCCAUAGAUUUAGAAAAUCUUUCUCCCUAUCAAGUGCGCAUAUUAUUGCAAAAGGUGUUAACCGUUAGUGAGUGGGCCGCAGAAGAAAGACUAACGACACUGCAGCGAAGACAAUUGGAAGGGUGUCUGUGUCGUGUACCCAAACAUUUCUACAAUAUGAUAUGGGAAAUUCUAAUGCGCACACCUUUGGGUAUAUCAACACAAGGUCACUUGUUGCCCGCCACGCCGACCUUAAUCAACAUGAGUCGGGGUGAAUUGAACUUUUCACUUUUGGUCGAGGAGACAUUGAUAUGUAUAGAGAGACCAGAAAGAAGACAAAUAACAGUGGAAUUAUUGUGCAUCAUUGCAACCAUAUUGAAUAGGAAUCCCGAAUUGCAUUUUAAGCAAUCUUUGAAUUUGGAUGAAAUUGUUAUGGAAGCUUUCAUAAUGUAUUGUAAGGACAACAACAUACAGGAUCAUAAAAAUGACAUGACACCUUUCUAUGCAUUGGGUUACAAUGUAACAGCAGGCUAUUUGGCCAGAGCUGCUGUAAAUAAAGUCUUACAAGGCGGAGCCUUUUCAACAGAAGAUGAUGACUUCAAUGGUGACAACAUGCAUGAUGAAACUUGUAAAGUUUCUUAGUUUCUAUUAGAGUUAGUGGUAAUAAUGUAAAGAAAAAGCAUAGAAAAAAAUCCACUGUUUUUCGAAUAUUGUUUGUUUCCUUCAUCAAUCAAUCCAUUAAUUUUCCCCAUCAACAUGCCAUUAUUUGUUCAAAUGAUUCUAAAUUUGUUCAUUCAAUUUUGUUAUUCGUUACAUGACAUUACAAAACUCUCUGCCAUUUUUCGUUGAUUUUUUUUUUUAAUUUGUGAUUAUUUUUCUAAAUUAUUUUUUUAGCUUUUUUGUAGUUCCUUAAGGCUAGUAAUUAUUUGAAAAAAGAAAUCCAAACUCGAAACUCACUUUACUCGAACCAAUUUACAUACUACACCAUGCACCAAAACCCCCCGAUUCAUUCAAGUGUCAAUGUUUAGCAAUAAAAGUUGAGACAACUUAAAAAAAAAAUAUUAAACUCAAAUAAAAUUUUAUUUACAAAUUUAUAAAACUAGAAAAA